CGGCGCGGCGGCUCCGCUCGGCUCGGCUCCGCUCCGCUCGGCUCGGCCCGGCCCCGGCGGCACGAACAUGGCGACGCCGAGCAGCGGCGGGGCGCGCCGGGCCGUCCCUCUCCCCCGCCGCCUCCUGCCGCUCCUGCUGCUGCUGUUGCUGCCGGCGGCGGCGGCGGCGGGCGGCCAUUCCGCCCUGCUGCUGCGCGCCCCGCCGCCCGCCGCCGCCGAGUCCCCGCGGAGCCGCCGCACCGCACCGCGCACGCCGGAGCCCAUCCAGGUGUACGGACAGGUCAGCCUCAACGAUUCCCACAAUCAGAUGGUCGUUCACUGGGCAGGAGAGAAGAGCAAUGUGAUCGUGGCCUUGGCCAGAGACAGCCUGUCUUUGCUGGGUCCCAAAAACAGCGAUGUUUACGUGUCUUAUGACUACGGGAAGAGUUUUAAGAAAAUUUCAGAAAAGUUCAGCUUCGGCGGGGAGAACAGCAGCGAGGUGGCCAUCGCCCAGUUCUACCACAGCCCGGCCGACAACAAGAGGUAUAUCUUCGUGGACGCCUUCGUCCCAUACCUCUGGAUCACCACCGACUUCUGCAACAAUAUUCAAGGCUUCUCGAUUCCCUUCCGAGCAGCGGACCUCCUCCUGCAUGGCAGGAACCCCAACCUCCUCUUGGGCUUUGACAGGUCUCACCCAAAAAAACAGCUCUGGAAAUCGGAUGAUUUUGGCCAGACCUGGAUAAUGAUUCAGGAACACGUGAAGUCUUUUUCUUGGGGAGUCGAGCCCUAUGAUAAGCCAAAUACGGUGUACGUUGAGCGGCACGAGCCUUCUGGGGCUUCGACUGUCAUUCGCAGCACCGAUUUCUUUCAAAGCCGAGAAAAUAAAGAGAUAAUCCUGGAAGAUGUUGAAGACUUCCAGCUCAGGGACAAAUACAUGUUUGCAACAAAGUCGGUGCAUUUGCUAGGCAGCUCGCAGCCGCCUUCGGUCCAGCUCUGGGUUUCCUUCAACCGCAAGCCAAUGCGCGUGGCACAGUUCGUAACCAAGCAUCCAAUUAAGGAAUACUAUGUUGCCGAUGCCUCGGAGGACCAGGUGUUUGUGUGCGUCAGCCACGAUAACAACCGUACCAACCUCUACAUCUCGGAGGCAGAAGGCCUGAAGUUCUCGCUGUCUUUAGAAAACGUGCUCUACUACAGCCCGGGAGGAGCUGGAAGCGACACCUUGGUCAGGUAUUUUGCCAACGAGCCCUUUGCGGACUUCCAUCGCGUCGAAGGCGUGCGGGGCGUCUACAUCGCCACUCUGAUCAACGGCUCCUUCAGCGAGGAGAACAUGCGCUCUGUCAUCACCUUUGACAAGGGGGGCACCUGGGAGCUGCUGCAGCCCCCGGCGCAGACGCGCUACGGGGAGCAGAUAGACUGCGAGUUUUCUCAGGGCUGCUCUCUCCACCUGGCCCAACGCCUGAGCCAGCUGCUUAACUUCCAGCUGCGUAGGAUGCCCAUUCUCUCCAAGGAGUCGGCACCGGGACUGAUCAUCGCCACUGGCUCCAUUGGCAAGAACAUGGCCAGGAAAACCAAUGUCUAUGUCUCAAGCAGUGCUGGAGCAAGGUGGAGAGAGGCGCUGUCUGGACCCCACUAUUACACCUGGGGCGACCACGGUGGCAUUCUAGUGGCCGUCGCGCAAGGCACCGAGACCGACCAGCUCAAGUACAGCACAAACGAAGGGGAAACGUGGAAAACGUUCACUUUCUCGGAGAAGCCAGUGUUUGUAUAUGGCCUGCUGACCGAGCCCGGGGAGAAAAGCACCAUAUUCACCAUCUUCGGCUCGUACAAAGAGAACGGCCACAGCUGGCUGAUACUGCAGAUCAACACCACUGACGUGCUGGGGGUCCCUUGCACAGAGAACGACUACAAACUCUGGUCACCCUCCGACGAGCGAGGCAAUGAAUGCUUACUGGGGCAUAAAACCGUUUUCAAAAGGAGGACUCCUCAUGCGACCUGUUUCAAUGGGGAAGAUUUUGACAGGCCUGUCAUGGUCUCCAACUGCUCUUGUACAAGGGAAGACUUUGAAUGUGAUUUUGGCUUUAAACUGAGCGACGACUUAUCGUUAGAAGUUUGCGUCCCUGACCCUGAAUUCGCUGGGAAACCAUACGACCCGCCAGUCCCUUGCCCUGUUGGCUCAACUUACAAGAAGACUCGAGGCUACCGAAAGAUCUCUGGGGACACUUGCACAGGUGGAGACAUUGAGUCGCGGCUCGAAGGGGAACUGGUACCGUGCCCGCUAGCUGAGGAGAACGAGUUCAUUCUCUACGCCACCCGCUACUCCAUCCACCGCUACAACCUCGCCUCUGGCGUCAGCGAGGAGCUGCCCCUGGCCGGGCUGCAAGGGGCGGUCGCCCUGGACUUCGACUACGACCACAACUGCUUGUACUGGGCCGAUGUCACUCUUGACAUUAUACAGCGUCUUUGUCUCAACGGCAGCUCUGGGCAAGAAAUAAUCAUAAGCACCGGGCUGGAAACAGUGGAAGCUUUGGCCUUUGAACCUCUCAGUCAGUUGCUGUACUGGGUCAAUGCCGGGAUUCCCAAAAUUGAGGUUGCCAAUCCAGACGGAGACCUGCGACUCGCCGUCCUCAAUUCCUCGAUACUUGAACGACCCAGAGCCCUCGCUCUGGUUCCCCGAGACGGGUUGAUGUUCUGGACAGACUGGGGAGACUCCCGAGCUGGCAUUUACAGAAGUGACAUGGAUGGGUCGUCAGCCGGGUGCAUCGUUUCGGAGGGCGUGCGGUGGCCAAAUGGCAUUUCUGUGGAUGACCGCUGGAUCUACUGGACGGAAGCCUAUAUGGACAGGAUCGAGAGGGUCGAUUUCAAUGGGCUGCAGAGAUCCGUGAUCCUGGACAGCCUCCCUCACCCCUAUGCUAUUGCUGUAUUUAAGAAUGAAAUCUACUGGAACGACUGGUCGCAGCUGAGCAUUUUCAGAGCAUCCAAAACCAGCGGCUCAAGAAUGGAGAUCUUAGUCGGCCGAUUAAAUGGGAUCAUGGAUAUGAAAAUCUUUUACAGAGGAAAGACAACAGGGGAGAACGCCUGCAUCACCAAGCCCUGCAGCCUGCUCUGCCUGCCCAAGUCGAACAACGGCAGGAGCUGCAAGUGCCCUGAGGGGGUGUCCAGCACCGUGCUGCCCACGGGGGAGGUGAAGUGCGACUGUCCUCACGGCUACAGCAUGAAAAACAACACUUGCGUAAAGGAAGAAAACACGUGUCUGCCCAACCAGUAUAGAUGCUUCAAUGGGAACUGCAUAAACAGCAUUUGGCAGUGUGACAACGACAAUGACUGUGGGGACAUGAGCGACGAGAAGAACUGCCCCACCACUGUGUGCGACACCGAGACCCAGUUCCGCUGCCAGGGCUCGGGGACCUGCAUCCCGCUGUCCUACAAAUGUGACCUGGAGGACGACUGCGGGGAUAACAGCGAUGAACGUCACUGCGAGGCUCACCAGUGUAGAAACGAUGAAUUCAGCUGCAGCUCAGGGAUGUGCAUUCGUCUCUCCUGGAUGUGCGAUGGUGAUAACGAUUGCAGGGACUGGUCCGAUGAAGCAAACUGCACUGCAGUAUAUCACACCUGCGAGGCCUCCAGCUUCCAGUGCCAGAACGGCCACUGCAUCCCGCAGCGCUGGGCUUGCGACGGCGACACCGACUGCCAGGACGGCUCCGACGAGGACCCCGCCAGCUGCGAAAAAAAGUGCAACGGCUUCCAGUGCCCGAACGGCACUUGCAUCCCAACCAGCAAACACUGCGACGGCAUCAACGACUGCUCCGACGCCUCAGAUGAGAGGCACUGCGAACCCCUGUGCACCCGCUACAUGGAUUUCGUGUGCAAGAACCGGCAGCAGUGCUUGUUCCACUCCAUGGUGUGCGACGGCAUCGUCCAGUGUCGAGACGGAUCGGAUGAAGAUGCCAACUAUGCUGGCUGCUCCCAGGACCCUGAAUUCCACCGGACCUGUGACCAGUUCAGCUUCCAGUGCCAGAACGGCGUGUGCAUCAGCCUGGUGUGGAAGUGUGAUGGGAUGGAUGACUGUGGCGAUUACUCCGACGAAGCGAACUGCGAAAACCCAACAGAGGCCCCGAACUGCUCCCGGUACUACCAGUUCCAGUGCGGGAACGGGCACUGCAUCCCCAACCGGUGGAAGUGCGACAAGGAGAACGACUGCGGAGACUGGUCUGAUGAGAAGGACUGCGAGGGUUCCCCAGUUCAUCCCAUUACUACAUCGAUCCCACCGACGUGUUUACCGAAUCACUUCCGUUGCAACAGCGGCACCUGCAUCAUGAACAGUUGGGUCUGCGAUGGCUACAAGGACUGCACUGAUGGCUCCGACGAGGAAGUCUGCCCGACUUCACGACCCAACGUGACGGCCACCUCUCCGGCGCUCCCGGGACGCUGCAGCAGGUUCGAGUUUGAGUGCCAGCAGCUGCACAAGUGCAUCCCCAACUGGAAGCGGUGCGACGGCCUGCGGGACUGCCAGGACGGCACGGAUGAGAGGAACUGCCCUACUCACAGCACCCUGUCGUGCCCUAAUGGUUAUAAAUGUGAGGACGGAGAGGCCUGCAUUAUGGUGACAGAGCGGUGUGAUGGAUAUCUGGACUGCUCAGACAGCAGCGAUGAGAGGAACUGUACCGAUGACACAAUCGUGUACAAAGUCCAGAACCUCCAGUGGACUGCUGAUUUCUCUGGCGAUGUCACCCUGACGUGGGCUCGGCCGAAAAGGAUGUCCUCGACCUCCUGUGUCUACAACAUCUAUUACAGAACAGUCGGUGAAAGCAUUUGGAAGAUUUUGGAAACCCACAGCAACAAAACCAACAGCGUUUUGAAAGUCCUCAAGCCUGACUGUACCUAUCAGGUCAAAGUCCAAGUGCAGUGUCUCAGCCGAGUCUACAACACCAACGACUUCAUCACCCUCCGGGCACCCGAAGGAUUACCAGAUGCUCCCUUUAACCUUCAGCUGUCCCUGAAAAAAGAAGCUGAGGGUGUGGUGACGGGCUGCUGGAGUCCCCCUGUGAACGCCCAUGGCCUCAUACGGGAAUUCAUCGUGGAAUACAGCAGGAGCGGAUCCAAGGAGUGGUCAUCCCUUAGAACCACCAAGAACUACACCGAGAUCAAGAACUUACAGGUCAACACGUUAUACACAGUUAGAGUUGCUGCGGUAACUAGUCGAGGAGUGGGAAAUUGGAGUGACUCCAAAUCCAUAACCACCAUAAAAGGCAAAGUCAUUCCUCCUCCUGUCAUACACAUUGAGAGCUACAGCGAGGACUCCAUAAGUUUCAGCCUAAAAAUGACUACUAAUAUCAAGGUCAGCGGUUACGUUGUGAACAUCUACUGGACAUUUGAUACACACAGGCAGGAAAAAAGGACUCUGAUCAUAGAAGGAGAAAAGUCCAUCCAAAAAGUGGCAAAUUUGACAGCACACACCCCCUAUGAAAUUUCUGCUUGGGCGAAGACGGAGCUGGGUGACAGCCCUCUGUCUUUCGUACAUGUCAUGACCAGUGGGACAAGACCUGCAUCGCCAAGUCUGAAAGCCAAGGCCAUCAACCAGACUGCAGUGGAGUGCAGCUGGACCGGACCGAAGAAUGUCGUCUAUGGCAUCUUCUAUGCCACGUCCUUCCUAGAGCUGUACAGGAGCCCUCACAACACCACCACAACCUCCCACAACAUCACCGUGAUCGUGCAGCGGGACGAGCAGUACCUGUUUCUGGUCCGUGUGAUGUCUCCCUACCAAGGGCCACCGUCCGACUACGUUGUGGUGAAGAUGAUCCCCGACAACCGCCUUCCCCCUCGGCACCUCCACUCCGUGCACACCGGAAAGACGUUCGCAGUCAUUAAGUGGGAAUCGCCCUACGAUUCGCCCGACCAGGACAUGUUAUAUGCUGUCGCAGUUAAAGAUUUAGUAAGAAAAACAGAUAAGAUCUACAAAGUGAAAACCCGGAACAGCACGGUGGAGUACACCAUUAAGAAACUCGAACCGGGAGGCAAAUACCAUGUGAUUGUUCAACUGGGAAACAUGAGCAAAGAAUCCAGCAUGAAGAUCAACACAGUUCCACUGUCUGCACCAGACGCCUUAAAAAUUAUAACAGAAAAUGACCAUAUUCUGCUUUUUUGGAAGAGUUUGGCAUUAAAGGAGAGCAAUUUCAAUGAAAGCCGGGGUUACGAGAUUCACAUGUUUGACAGCUUGAUGAACAUCACAGCUUAUCUCGGGAACACCACAGAAAACUUCUUCAAAGUUUCCAACCUGAAGAUAGGUCACAACUAUUCGUUCACUGUUCAGGCCAGGUGCCUGUACAGCGGGCAGAUGUGCGGCGAGCCGGCCACGCUUCUCUAUGAUGAACUAGGAACUGGUGAAGACUCCUCUGCAGCAAAAGCCGGUAGAUCCACAGACGUCGCUGCCAUCGUGGUACCGGUGCUGUUCCUGCUGCUGGUGACCCUCGGGAUUGGCUUCGUGGUGCUGUACAUGAGGCACAGACGGCUGCAGAACAGCUUCACUGCCUUUGCAAACAGCCACUACAGCUCCCGCCUGGGUUCGGCCAUAUUCUCCUCGGGAGAUGAUUUAGGAGAUGAGGAUGACGAAGCCCCAAUGAUAACUGGAUUUUCAGAUGACGUUCCCAUGGUCAUCGCAUGAAGCGCAUUUCUGACUGUAAAAACCAAAUGGUGUAAAUAUUUUAUUUGAUAAAAAUAGUUGAUUGUUUAUUUUAAAAAUGCACUUUUGAGUUGCAAUAUGUUAUUUUUAUAUGGGCCAAAAAAAUUUUAAAAAUACACUUUGUAGUAAUCAACUGUGAAUUGCAGACUAGGUUGGUUUAGUAACAAAUUGCUUUGAUUUAACAUUAAUUUAGUCUUACAAGGCUAUGCUUGCUGGGCAUGCUUUUAAGUCUGUGAGAUAUUUUCCGUUGACUAAAUUGGCUACUCGUUUUAUUUUUCUAAGACAAGAAUAAAUUUAUUUAAAAAAAAUUCAGGAGAUUAUAUAUGUAGAGAGAGAUAAGUAAUAUAGUCCCUGAAGGUUUUGCUUUUACUUUAAAAAAAAAAAAUCCUUUGGACUUUGUUUUAUAUGAAAGUGUUUUUGUUGUGUUAAUUUAUUGGGAAAUCUGCUUGAGAACAGAUUUCCAAAGUCGUCAGACAUUGUACACAUUAUUGUGUAGAACAUGUGCCACUUUAUCUUGCAAGGCAGUAGUAUCUUGGCAUCUCCAUCAUUGUUCUUGCCAUGAUAAUAAAAAUCCUUAUUUUUACAUAUUUUCCCCCCUUAUUAAAGGACCCAAUCUUUCAGCAAUCUCAGAGCCCAAGUCAAGAUACUGCAGCAUACUUUAUGUACGAGUUUAGCUUCCUGCUGCUGUACCUAUAAGCCAAAAGCAUCCCUACCAAGCCGUGCUGCCAAGGGUCAUGUAAACCCUUGCACGUGGGUGUGACACGCCACGGGCCAUUAGCAGGAGGGUUUCUGGAGCUCUGCCCGCAGGAAAGAGGUUAUCCCUGGGCAGCAGCACCGUGCAAGCGCCCAGGCUUUGCAGUUUUGACCCUCGCUUUCAGGUGUACAGUAACAACACACUGUACCCUCCCGCCCAAACCCCUUCGGAGGGCACCUGCAGUUACUGAGCUGCUGCCCGUGCCCGUCACGCGUGGCCUAAUUAAUCUGCGGUUUACGUCAGUAACGUCACCGAAAAAAUUUGCCACCACCUGAAGUUAAAGCGCACACCUCAAAACACGCUUCCCAGCUGAUCAGGACACCUUUCCUCUGUGGAGCUUCUCUAAGAUGCUAGCAUGUCAGCGGGACGGAAGGGGGAGCCUCCACUGUGCGCAACUGGGAAACGGCUUCGAAUGCAGAUUUUCCACAGUCGUACAGAGCGGUAAUUACUAAACAUCUGAAUUCAUUUCGUUUACAGCAGGGAUUCGAUCCUCCUUCAUUAGCAUUUCCUAAAAGCAGCUGUAGUUGUACCUUCAGCUUUAGAAGGAACAUUUAUACACUCAUAUAUAUUAUUUUCCCAUCACUAGUCAUCUCACGUUUCCAGUAGACAUAAUACUGGCUACAGAGCUAAGCAGUAGAAAUGUCUGGUUACCACUGUCGAGCUUUUUUUGUGAUAGCAAAAUGUGAAUCUCGCCACGAAUCCAACUACUUGCCAACCCAAGAGCGAUGACACGAGCGGAUGUUCACUGGUCACGCCUGUCCAUGCUCUAUAUAUGCAAAACUUCACACCAGUAAAACACAGCACACUGUCUUGUCACGCUGGUUUCUUUGUUUAAACCAAAAGUAUUUUUGCUGUGUAAAUUAAGUUAUAAUUGCAGUCUUCCUACAGAUGAAAUGAGAAAGGCCAACUAUGUUUUGAUACGCGACUGAUCCAUUUAAUUUCACGUACAGAAAAUGUAUAAAAAGUUGAAGUUCUGUAUGGUUUGAUACUCUAUAGAAAUACUAACUCUAUUUUCAAUUACUGGUGUUAUCAUUCCCGGUGACAGGUUUUUUUCCCCCCAAAGCUGGGACCAAACUAUAAUCAGAUUUUUAUAAGUAGCAGCAAGCUUGCAGAGUUGCAAUAUUUUUACCUUGUCAGUGGGUCAGGUGCUGUUCAGGAGUAAAAAUUUUGAGUGAAUCAACCCAGCAUGUGUAGCUCAAUUUGCAUAGAAUUACAGCUACACAGAGAGUCCAGAAUCUGACCCAGAGGCUAAACUAUGCUAAAAAGACAUAAAUCAGAAGUUUUUAUACGGGAAAGAAAGCCUAAAAGCAGAGAGAAAGAGUAUUGAACCCCUUCCUUAUUAAGCAAAUAUUUCUGGCACAGGUAACUGAAAACUACAGUACAGUAUCCCAGAAGCUGGUACCUCUCUGGUGAGAAUUACUAUUGGUUAAAUACUGCUGCUUUACUCCUCCAGGGUAAAUCCUGCUCCAGUAAGGCGAGUAGAAUUUAUCCCACCUCUAGCUGGAAGACAGAUGCCAAGGGGAACCCUUGUAACCACUUUAUAUUCUGCAGAAAUGCCUCGGCUGGAUGCUUUCAAGCAUCAGCUGGGGGACAGGUCACCUCUUCUGGCCACUCUGAAAAGCUCCUUUGUACCCGUGGCCCAGCCACACUCGCAUGGAGCUCAGUCUAUUGCCAGCAAAGCAUUUUGCUGUAAUACUGUACUCAAAAGCAACACUCGUGGUUACCUGUGCCUCACUAACGCAUCGCGGGCGCAGCAGAGCCCUCUGUGCUCAGUCUGCAGAGUCGCCCCUGCAUCGCACAGGGGUUUGGGGGCACUUCGGCAGCCAGGCUUUGUGCAACGCUGAAUUUACCUUAUGUGGACAGUACUGUAAUGCAGAGGCAUGCCCUACCCUCCGAGAUUUUCCCUUCAUUGCAAAAAUCACCACUGUGCUCUCAGCAAAGCAACUUCACAGGGCUAGUGUAUUUUAUAUAUAGGUAGAGAAGUCCAAGCUCCAGGCAGGGAGUGAGCAGGAUAGAUGCGGUUCUGGGGAAAUUGUAUAUUUUUAUGAACUUUUGAAGCACGGAAUCUUGUUCACAGAGACAUAUAGGGGGUGGGAGGGUUCUGGUGUAAAUAUGGUACAUGGAUGUGGAUGCAUAUUUUGUUCUGGUUUUGUUUCAGUAGCCUUAUGCAAUGUGACACGACUCGUUGCCCUAACUUUUGGGAGGUGACUUGGGUUUACCUCGUAGGAACCCAGUGCAAUGUUUGGAUCCAUAAGGAAAAAAAAGGGGGUAUGGGAGGUACCCUGGUUGGGAGGAACUUCUUCCAGUUAGUUUGUGUUUGCAUCCAUUUCAGAUUUCACCGCAGAUGCCCGCUGGUACUCUGAAGUCCAUUUGAACGAAAGACUAAGGUUGAACGCUAAAAUCUGGUGGGGCUUUAGGACCAUGAGGUUCGUUUUGCUUUGGCUCAGGUUUUUUUGAGGGGGGGUUGUGCGUUUUUUGGGGGUGGGGGUUCUGGCUUUCACAAGAAAGGACGAGGAGGUGCCAUUUUCCAGGUUUGAGAUCUAAAACGCCCGCUCAAGGUCAAAAAAGUGAUCCCUUUCAGCCUGAAUAAAUCAUAUCACUCCUUCGUCUGCCCCCUCUGUAAAAUGGCUGCGGCGAGCGGCUCGCCCCAGCUCCCGCAGCGACCUGCACGCGUGCCCGCCUCCCCGGAGCCCGGCACCGGCUCCGGGCGCACGCGGGAGCCAGCCGGAGCACGAGCUUCCCAGCUCCUCUGCUGCUCGGCCGGCGGUUUACCCCAGGUAAACGCCAAGAGGAGUUUCAGGGAGGGGUGAAGCACGUCGUCUUGACUGCAGGGGAAAACCGUGCACGCAGAUAUUUAAUCUGCAGAAUAGCUGGCGUGCUGUAAGUUCGCGGCCCGGCUAACCCUGCCGUAACUUGUUCCAUGUGCCUCUACCUUGACACAGCAUUAGCAGGAGACAGCUGCAGAUCCAGUACUGGGAAAAGACUGUUUUCCUUGGACAGAGAUCAAGUUACAUAGAUGUAUACGAGCGCGUACCCAGCCAGAAAGGGGAGGAGAGCGCGUACGAGCGUGAGGGAGCAAGUGCUGCGACAAUGCUGGCGGCUACCCACAUCCACGCCACCAUCUUUUGGCCUCGUGACCAAAGGACCUUUGUGUUUGCGGGUCACCUUGGUGGUCAGAAAAUGGUAUUGCUUCCUGCUGGCUUCUAGAAACCCCGGGAGAAGUGACUUGAGAGCUCCGGUCUGGGUGGAGAGGGAUCCGCCUCGCGCAGACAACCGACAGGGCAGGAUUAUUUAGCGAUCCUGUAGAGUCACCUAAAGCAGCCCCAAAUUCCCAUUAGCCACCAGGGAAACCUCAUCUGGGUCAGUGCCUCUCACUGAGCAGCACAGCCUUUCCUCGCAGGGCAGAUUUCAGUCUUAGGAUACGCAUGCUUGAAAUCUCUUUGUAGGGACAGAAUACUAUUUAACGACAAACUUCACUAAUUUGCUGGUGGAAACGUAAAACUGUGUUUGGGAAAGACCAAAAUAACAUUUUCCGAAACAACUUUCAAGUCUCCUUCAAAUGGACUUCAAAAGGGAAAUGGUGCAAUUGACUUAGUUACUCUUGGACCCAGAGAGCAUCUUCAUUACUGGAACUAGCUGUAACAUUUAUAAUUAAUCCUUCAAAACGUGCAGCAGUCUACAAGCAGCCAGUCUCUAAUGAGUUUUUUAGAGGUAGUGUCAACUUCUAAUCUGGCUCCUGAAGCGAAGUUUAAUACUAUACCAUUUGAAUUGCUACUCUGUGUCUUUUUUUUUUUUUUCCUCAUUCACUGAUUUCUGCUAUGUUAUUAUUGCACAAUUUUGAAGGAAUUUUUGUCUGUCAAUUUUUUCCACUUAAUAAUAAUAUUAAUGAUAAUAAUAAUAAUAAAAAUAAAAAUGGACUGCGUAAACAAAACAAUUUCUGGUUUCCAAAAUUAUUAUCUAGCAUCUGUGUGUCUAGUGCAAUAAAAAGGAGACUUUUUUCUGAA